AUGCAAGAUAUUCUUGUUCCCAAUGGCGAAGAUACCUGUGUAAGAUUGACUCUUGUCAGCGCAUUUCAAGGAAUCUCUCAAGUUUGGAAAUAUUUCAGUUCGAUUCAGGAUACGUUCUCUGUGGAACUGGAAAGCUGUGAAACCAUUACCCAAAAUCUCAAAAUGAGCUGUGUGUCGCAUGGAACAUGCAAAACUUGCCCGUUGUAUAUUCUCGAAUAUGAUCAAAACGCGCAAAACUAUGCGCUCUGGAAGUCAACAACCGGUGAAUGGGCACUGGGUACCACAUUGGCGCGUUUUCUGGCUCCGCGUCCCACUUGCAAGUCGAAAAUAAAACUAAAUCUGGCAAAAUUGCAAUCAUAUUUCAAAGCAUCUCAAAUUUCCUCCAAACACGACCAACCCUUUUUGAUCGAAACUUUGCAGAAACUGAACGUGGAUUGGCAAGGUGCCUCUUUUGAUUUUGACGUUUUCCUAGACGAACUAGACCGAUCGAUUGAGUUUGAAGUUGAGGAAAAGUACCCAAAAUCGCAAAAUCUGCAUCACUAUCUCGAGCUGGUCUCUCCCUUACAAUACAAAAGUCUCAUUACCAUGGCAGUACUCAAAAGCAAAGUUCAAUCCAGCAAAAAGCUGCUUCAGGCAGAAUUGCAAGCAUACGAUAAACGUAUGCGGGCCCUUCAAGACGAUAGCAUGGGGGUUGGAGCCUUGAAAGACCAGCAGGGUCGUGGCAGUCGAGAAGCAUCUAUUUCUUCGGAUACUUCAUUCAAAUCUGGCUCUCCGAUGGACGACGAGUAUGCCAUAUCUUCACGGCAGCUCAUGACUAAUUUCAAUAAACAUUUUAAAGGCAUAGCUGAGACUUUCGAAACGUUUGACGUACAAAAAAGUGCGCCACGGACGAUCCGUAACUGGAAAGUUGGUAAGCCUGUCAAGAACAGCAAAUCCGAUUCGAAAGGGUUGAGAGCUUGA